AUUAACAUUUUUCAAGUUGUAGGAUAAUAUUUUAACAAAGGACAAAUAAAGAUGGGCGGUAUUCAUCUACCAACGACUACUGUUAGUUUGGGGAAUGCAGUAAAUAGCAUCGCAAGCGAUGACAACAGUAAUGGACUAUCUAAAGCGAUGGAGAGUGAGUUAUUGGACAAACUGAAUGAUGAAAUAGAAAAGGCUGUCACACCUGUGUCGGUUUUUGUUGGAAUUGAAGUAUUUCUUGGAUUUUUCGGCAAUUUAUUUGUACUGUACGUGUUCAUAAAGCGUUACCAUCACUGUAACUUUCGGUACUUCGUGCUGUGCUUGGCUGUUUUGGACUUAAUUAGCACGCUGACCACGAUGCCUGGGGAUAUUCUCACGCAGCAAUACUGGUACAAAUUCCCGUCCCCAGUCGCCUGCAAGGUCAAGUCCUUUCUCAACAUGUUCACGGUGUCAGGAGAGGCCCUAUGUCUGUGCACCAUCGCCGUCGACCGCUACCGGAAGGUCUGUGCGCCAUUAGGAUGGCAGAUCAGGCCUCGCCUGGCCAGUAUCAUGUGCGGCGUCAUCUACUGCGUUGCAUUUGUCAUUUCAUUCCCGGUCUGGUUUCUCUGGGGAAUACACCAUGACGUAAUGAUAUACAACGAAAGAAACAUUACUGUCAGCAUUUGUGAAAGGGAUGCUGACUUUGUAGACAGUAGACACCCGUUUGUAUUCACUACAACAGUGGGGGUCCUGUUUGGGAUAUGCCUGGUGGCCAUGCUCGUUCUUUAUAUACUUGUAGCAAAGAAACUCAUCUUAGGUCGCCCGUUGGCUAAAAUGGGCCAAAACUCGAGUCAUCUAAUGGUCAGCAAGUCGCUGACGUCCAAAACAAUAUCAAACCGAAAGCCCGAGAUAAGCGCCGGUGGUGCCGUCACUUUAUCGGACGGACCGACAAAAAAACAAAUAUCUCUUAAUGAGUUAAGCAAAACGGAAAUGAGGUCUCUGGAUUAUGAGAGCGAAACGGUUAAUACCGAUGACGUUUGUGUCACGGACGCCGAAACUACAUACGACGGUUAGACGGUAAAAGAAUGUCACAAACAACAGGUACGGCGUAGACGUCGAGGAAAAGCAAAUGGUGUUCGCCGGAAAACGUACAUUAUGUUCGUUCUGACAAUGAUAUUUAUUGUCACAACAAUUCUGUAUUUGACAUUAUUAGCGUUUAUUACAGGAGGUAUUUUGAUCAGUUUAAAUGACUCUGAGAAGGCCGUGUAUUUCUUCUUCUUCAGACUUGUGUUCAUAAACCAUGCUAUCAACCCUUUCGUUUACGGCUGUCUUGACCCUCAAUUCAAACAAAUGUUAGGAGAUAUUAAAAAUCUGCUGAAGAUGCCAAGGAAAUGGUGAAUAAACUAUGUACGUGCAGAUUUUUGCCGUAGGAAAUCAUGUUCUGCACAAUCUAUUCACCGCAAAUACAAGCGGUUUGCACUCAGUUGUAGGCAUGUAGGGCGUUUUGUGGUCUUUCCGUUAAUUUUAAAUUUAAACAGAGCGUUCAAUAAGGCAAUUCUGUUUGUCUAGCCAAUACAAGGACACUUCAGUAUUUAACUUAACAAUAUAUUGUGAUUUGCUUUAUUUGAUGUGAUCCUCUAACAUCGUGAUAAGAAACAGAAAUAGAACGGCUAUUUCCGAAGUAAACUGGGGCAAAUCCAGAAUUAUUGACUGCUGUGUAUGAUGUUUGUUAGGAUUUCUGCAAACAUUCACUUUACAUUUAUAGGUGUUUAACAAUGUUACCGUCAUACUAUUGUCAUUAUCUGUCAUCAGUUGCUGAUAUAUCAUUGCUGUUUUUGCUUGUUGUUUUAGCAAAAGAUCUGGAAGAAGACAUGAACACUGCUUUAAAUAUUUCAAUAUAUGUGUUUUACAUUGAUAAAAUACAAUCAAUUCGAUAAUUUACAAUAAUAAUAAA